UAGAGAUAACCAAGUACCUGGAAGGCACACAGCUCAACUCCGCACUAAGCAGCGGGAGAUCGCCAAUAUUCACUGUGUCCUAAACAGCUUGGGUGCCUGAAAAUGCAUAUCAAAGGGCCCUUCUCAAAGGAAGAAAUAUUUUGUAUGAUGCUCUUACGGAUGUCUUUGUCAGAUCCCUUCACGUUGCGGAGGUUUAAACCAGGCACUUCUUGCUUGAAGAGUGCCACAACACCAUCUUAUCCGAAAACUACAGAAAUUGUCACCUUCCCCUUCACCAUUGAAAACGUCUCAGGAAUUUGGAAAAUAAAUACUGGAGGACGUUUGUCUCGUCAAGACAGGGAGUGUCUCUUCACAUUUUUAGACUACCAUACCAUCAGUGGAAUCUUUAAAAUGGAUCUGCCCUGUAUGAAAGAGCUCACGAAGAAACUCUCGCGCUUAAAAACCUCAACCAGUACAACAGUCAGCAGCAAACCUUCAUUCCAAUUCACUUACACCACAGGAGUUUGGAAAAUAGAUAUUGGAACGCCUUUGUCUUAUCGAGAGUUAGAUUGUAUCGACACAUUUUUAGACUACCAUGAAAUCACGGGAAUCUUUAAAAUGGACCUUCCAUGUAUGAAGGAACUUACAGCAAGGUUGGCUCAAUUAAAAACCACAACUACUCGACCCACAGUCAGCACUAAACCUCCCGAGGGGUUGACUGAGAUCCCAGGAAUUUGGAAAAUAGAAACUAAAGGGAAAUUGACUCGGCAGGACAGAGUUUGUAUCUCCAAACUUUUAGAGCAUCAUUCCAUCACUGGAAGAUUUAAGAUGGACUUUCCAUGUAUAAAGGACCUUGCACUAAAGAUGUAUCGAACUCAAACUGCCUCACCAACAAGCACUGCAGCUCUGUUCAGUUUGAGUAAGAGCCCAGGACUAUUGAAAUCAAUUCGUAACAGGCGGUUAUCUUGGGCAGAAAAACAAUGUGUCUUCCCUCUUUUCGAUUACAAUCACUACAAAAAGAUCUAUGAGAUGGACCUCCCAUGUGUGAAGGAUCUCGUAAAGAAGAUUCCUUGGUUACAAUUCACAACCAGCACCACAGUCAGUACCCCAGUCAGUCGCACAUCUCCUCAUGUCAGUUUGAGUCAGAGCCCAGGAUCGCGCCUUCGGCAGGAAGAUUUCCCACCCCGGAUUGUGGAACACCCGUCCGAUCUGAUCGUGUCCAAGGGGGAGCCUGCUACUCUGAACUGCAAGGCUGAGGGCAGACCGAAUCCCACCGUUGAGUGGUACAAGGACGGGGAGCGGGUGGAGACGGACAAGGACGACGCCCGGUCUCACCGUAUGCUGCUGCCCAGCGGCUCCUUGUUCUUCCUGCGCAUUGUCCACGGCCGGAGGAGCAAACCCGACGAGGGAAGCUACGUCUGUGUGGCCAGGAACUACCUGGGGGAGGCCGUCAGUCACAACGCCUCGCUGGAGGUGGCCUUGCUCCGGGAUGAUUUCCGACUGAAUCCCACUGACGUGGUUGUCGCUGCGGGUGAGCCAGCUAUCAUGGAAUGCCAGCCACCCCGUGGGCACCCAGAGCCGACCAUCUUCUGGAAGAAGGACAAGGUCCCCAUUAACGACCAGGAUGAGAGAAUCACGAUGCGUGGAGGAAAGUUGAUGAUUUCAAACACCAAGAGGAGUGAUGCUGGUAUGUACAUCUGUGUGGGGACCAAUAUGGUGGGCGAGAGGGACAGUGAUCCUGCUGAACUGACUGUCUUUGAACGCCCGAUCUUCAUCAGACGACCAAUAAACCAGGUGGUGUUGGAGGACGACUCUGUCGAGUUCCGUUGCCAGGUUCAGGGGGACCCACAGCCCACGGUGCGCUGGAGAAAGGAUGACACUGACGUUGCCAGGGGCAGGUAUGAUAUCAAGGAAGACAACACCCUGCGCAUCAAGAGGGUGAGCAAUGGUGAUGAAGGAACAUUCACCUGUGUUGGGGAGAACCGUGUGGGAAUGGUUGAAGCGACUGCAACUCUCACUGUGCGAGCACACCCUGUCGCUGCCCCCCAGUUUGUGGUGAGGCCGAGAGACCAGAUCGUGGCUCAAGGACGGACAGUCACCUUCCCCUGUGAGACCAAAGGAAACCCUCAGCCUGCAGUCUUCUGGCAGAAAGAAGGAAGCCAGAACCUACUGUUUCCGAAUCAGCCACCCCAGCCUUCCAGUAGAUUUGCCGUCUCCUCGACUGGUGACCUCACCAUUACCAACAUUCAGAGGUCUGAUGCUGGCUAUUACAUCUGUCAGGCCUUGACUGUGGCAGGAAGCAUUCUUGCCAAGGCUCAGCUGGAGGUCACAGACGUUCUGACAGAUAGGCCGCCCCCCAUCAUCCGCCAGGGUCCAGCCAAUCAGACUCUGGGCGUGGAUGGGACCACCCUGCUAAAGUGCCAGGCCACUGGAGACCCCAUUCCCACAAUCAGCUGGCUGAAGGACGGUGUCAGUCUCCUGGGUAAAGACCCUCGCAUGUCCCUGCAGGAACUGGGAAGUCUGCAGAUCAAGAACGUACGGGUUACAGACUCUGGAAUCUAUACAUGUGUUGCCACCAGCUCAAGUGGAGAAACCUCUUGGAGUGCGUUUUUGGAAGUGCGAGAGUCAGGUGCAGCAACCAUCAAUGUGAAGAUGGAUAUGGAUGCCCUCCCUGGGUCACCUUCCAAACCUCAAGUUGCUGAUGUCACAAAGAGUACAGUCACUCUCUCGUGGCUGGCAGGAAGCCAUAGUGGGUCAUCACCGGUUACAUCCUAUGUCAUUGAGGCCUUCAGCCAAUCCGUGAGUAACAGCUGGCAAACUGUGGCGGAGAAUGUGAAGGACACUUUGCACACUGUCAGAGGGUUGAGGCCGAACACUAUCUACCUCUUCAUGGUGCGUGCUGUCAACAGUCAGGGCGUCAGUGACCCGAGUCAAAUGAGUGAGCCAGUUCGCACUCAAGACAUUAGUCCGCCGGCUCAAGGUGUGGAUCACAGGCAAGUGCAGCGGGAACUGGGUGAAGUCAUAGUGCACCUGCAUAACCCACUUGUGCUCACUCCAUCCAGUAUACAAGUCACUUGGACGGUUGAGCGCCAGUCACAAUUCAUUCAGGGUUACCGUGUGAUGUUCCGACAAGUCUCUGGCCUCCCCAGCCCCUCGUCCUGGCAAGUAAUGGAGGUCAAAGUGCCAACCGAGCGAAGCGCGGUUCUUAACAACCUGAAGAAAGGCAUCACCUACGAGAUGAAAGUCCGGCCGUACUUCAAUGAGUUUCAAGGGAUUGACAGCGAAUCCAAAACCGCGCGCACAACUGAGGAAGCUCCGAGUGCCCCCCCUCAGUCGGUGACCGUGAUGAUGGUUGGGAACCACAACAGCACUAGCAUCAGUGUUUCCUGGGAUCCUCCACCUGCAGAACAACAGAACGGCAUCAUCCAAGAAUACAAGAUAUGGUGCCUUGGCAAUGCCACCCGGUUUCACAUCAACAAGACUGUAGAUGCUGCUAUACGCUCUGUGGUGAUUGGUGGCCUGCUUCCUGGUGUCCAGUAUCGUGUCCAAGUUGCUGCUAGUACCGGUGCUGGUGUCGGCGUCAAGAGUGAGCCACAGCUCAUCAUCAUCGGGAGCCGUGGCGAUGACAUCUUCAUGACUGGACCUGGGAGUAACAACAGCAUCACAGAGCAGAUCACAGACGUGGUGAAACAGCCAGCUUUCAUUGCGGGCAUUGGAGGGGCUUGCUGGGUCAUUCUGAUGGGCUUCAGCAUCUGGCUUUACUGGCGCAGGAAGAAGAGGAAGGGACUCAGCAACUACGCAGUUCAGUCUUUCACCUUCACCCCUGCAGUAACUUUCCAACGUGUUGAUGGAGGAAUAAUGAGCAAUGGAAGCAGACCGGGCUUGUUGAAUCCAGGAGAGACAGGUUAUCCAUGGUUAGCGGACUCCUGGCCUACCACCAGCCUGCCUGUAAACGGGGGCAGCAAUGGUCCCUCUGACAUUGGAGACCUCGGAGGCAUCGGGAACUUCAACCAGGCAGCAGCAGGUCAGGGGGAGAAGUCAGGUACUCUGCUCUCAGACAGUGCCAUUUACAGCAGCAUUGAUGUCACCACCAAGACCAGCUUCAACAGCCCAGGCCAGGUCACACAGACCACCCCCUAUGCCACCACUCAGCUCCUGCAUUCCAGUAGCAUCCAAGAGCUGGCUGUGGACCUGCCUGAGCCUCAGUGGAAGGCCUCCAUCCAACCAAAGCCAGAUCUGACCAGCUGUGGGUACUCUCUACCAGACCAGAGCAAGUUUAAUAACGCCCUGCUUUUCAUCCCUGACUACCGAUUGGCUGAGGGAUUGUCUAACAGAAUGCCUCACAACCAUUCUGAGGACUUCAGCACUUCCAGUUCCCACAACAGCUCUGAAAGAAGUCUCUCAGGUGGCAAAGGUGGGAAGAAGAAGAAAAAUAAAAGCAGCAUCAAACCCCAUAAGAACGCAAGCUCCAACUGGUCCAAUGUGCCACUGCCCCCUCCACCAGUACAGCCCCUCCCUGGUACAGAACUGGAUCACUACAUCAUGGACCACCACGAAAAUGGCUAUGACAGUGACGGAUGGUGCCCUCCGCCACCUGUGAAGAGCUACCUGCACCAGGGCAUGGAGGAUGAGCUGGAGGAAGAGGAAGACCGUGUGCCAACGCCCCCAGUCCGUGGGAUCACCUCCUCGCCUGCCAUUUCCUUUGGCCAGCAGUCGACGGCCACCCUCACCCCUUCGCCCCGUGAGGAGAUGCAGCCAAUGCUACAGGCCCAUCUCGAUGAGAUCAGCAGGGCCUACCACUUCGACAUCUCACGACAAGCAUGGCAAAUGCAGGGCAGCUCUCUCCCCCCUCAGGCCCCGGCACUCCCCCUGGGCUACAUCUCCGGGACAUUAAUUUCAGAUAUUGAGACGGACCUCCCGGAUGAGGAUGAGGACAAUGAGGAUGAGGAAGAGGCUUUGGAGCUGGCCAGGCCUCUGCGGGGUAUUGCUCAUACUCCAGGCUCUAGCAUCGAUAACUUGGACAGCUCAGUGACAGGUUCAAUGGUAAAUGGAUGGGGUUCCGCCUCUGAGGAGGAGCGCAAUAUGUCUAGCCAGCGAUCUAGCACUGCCAGCUCCUCCUCCAAUUCCAUCUUCACUGAUGGCGACUUUGCCCAGGCUCUGGCCACUGCGGCAGACAGGGCUGGCUUCAAGAUGGAGGGCACCAGCUUAAUGAGGACAGGUAAAGGAUAUUCCUCUUCGCAGCGGCUCCAACCCAGCAGCCCGUUCUCCAGCAACGGGAGUAUGGGUGCGGCUCAUAACCCAUGUCAGAGAUCCAGACCUCCCAAAAAACACAAGACAGCAGGGGGCAGAGUGGAGCAGCCCUCAGCACCACACCGCAGGGAGGCAGCAGUAGAUGACCUGCCUCCUCCACCCGACCCUCCGCCAUGUCAAGGUUCAAAGUUGCAAUCCGGGCAAGUACCCAAAGGAACAGGCAUGAUGGAUUCUCUAGAGAAACAACAACUGUCCAGCCUAGAAGACAACAUGGAACAUCUGGCAAAGACAUCUGUAGACCACGGGUACCAAGAAGAUUCACGGAGCAAGCUCCUACAGAAGCCAACACUUGGCUCAGAUGAAAUGCUUAUACCAUACAGCAAGCCAAGCUUUCCCUCACCAGGUCACCUCAGUGGCCACAGCUCAUCUGGAACAGCCUCAUCGAAGGGUUCGACAGGUCCCAGGAAAGGUGUACCCUCACGAGGGGCUCCAGCUAUCGCAAGUCAUCAGCGGAACAUUAGUGAUCUUCCAGAUGUAGGAUAUAUGGGAUCUUGCGGUCAAGGGCAGUUUUUAGGGGAUGUAUAGUGGUGAAGAGCUAUGUUCCUGAUGUUCUGCAGAGCGAGCCUAGCCUCACAAACACGAUGACACUUAAAUGGUGCAAUGAACCUCCUCCCUUAUUUAAUGUAUUAUGACAAAACCUGUAAAUGUGAUGUAAAGUCUAAGGUAACACAACCACACACAUGCCCUCCAACAUCAUUCUUUGAUACAUUGCUUCUCAUUCCCCUCCGUCACCUCCCAUUCACCUACACACCCUCAUCCCCCGACCCCUUUCUUCCUUUACUCUCCCCUCUCCCCACCCACCUCCAAAACAAAAAUUAGAAACUGGACAGGGAAGAAUCUAAACAUAAAUAGCAAUUUAGCCAUCACUGCCCGAGAGAGAGAGAUAGCAAUUUCUUGUGUAAAUAAUUUCUGUCGCAUUGAUAUACAAAGUUCACCCUUCUUUUGACCUUUACAUCCUGUAAUUGUCUUUUUUUUAAUUGGUCUGUUGUACUAUAUGUGAAUUGAUCAGGCAGCCAUUAAAAAUUGAAAAAAAAGACACAAAAAAUGUUUUUUUAAGGUUAUAACUGUAUCACUUUUUUUUAAGAUUCUGUUUUUGAAGUUUGCACUGAUUUUUUUUAGUGAUAAGCACAAACCUAUAAAGUCCCAAUGAAAAUGAAGAAAAGAGGAGGAUUAAAAAGCGAUUGAGUUGUAGGAGAGGGGGAUUUUGCUCACUGUGUGUGUGUGUGUGUGUGUGUGUGUGUGUGUGUGUGUGUGUGUGUGUCUGAAUAUGUGUGCGCGUGUGUGCAUGUGUAUGUGUGUGUGCGCGCGUGUGGUGUGUGUGUGUGUGUGUGUGUGUGUGUGUGUGCGUGUGUGUGUGUGUGUGCACGUGUGUGCGUGUGUGCACCGGGGGAAGUAAAAGAACAUCUGGAUGUUCCUGGAUCACAUGCCAUAACCUUCAGUGGCCGAUGCCACAAAAGACUACAGACCCUCUCAGCUGAGUGCGUCAGAACUUUACGUCAGUGUCACUGUGUGACAGCGAGAGAGCCCAAUGUAGUUGGCAUCUCAAGGAAUGUCCACCAAGUCUUCCCCUCGCCCCAUGGCCAGAGGAGACUCCUUCCCACUUCCCCCUACCCUUUACCCACACUUAGCUAUGUCUAACAUUGCCCUGUUUUAAUAGUACAGAGAUGUUCCGAAUCUCCCCCACUUUAAACUGUGUAAAGAUGUCAUGUUAAUGCUCUGACAAUGUGUGACUGGGAUCCUAAAUCCCAGCUACUGACUGCAAAGACUUUUGAAAAAGGGUGCUUGAUGUCGAAUAUAGUCUUCAACAUUAAUCCUAAAACAAGGUCUGGAGCCUUGCUUAUGCUGUUACGAUUAAAAUAAAGUGUGUGUGUCAGUAUUACAGAAAGUUGUUCAUGGGUCUAUAGAAUAUUGAUUAAAGCUUUGAUGUUUUUAUGCAACUUUA